CAAUUUCUUUUGACAGCGAUGGUACAAGGCCAAUUUUAGAAAUAAAUAAAAUUCUGCAAAAGCAUUGGCCCAGAAGACAUUCAGCUUGUUUUCAACAAGACGCUGUCAUAAACCAGACUUGUCAACCAUGAGAAAUUAAAGCUCAGGCAGUGGCAUUCCCAGAGUAAAGGCCAGGUAGAAAAUGGAGCUGUGUUAUCGUUGGCGAAUUCUUUGUACAAUAUGGAGCUCUCUGGAGGUAGUUUGCUUUGCGGGCAUAAUCUGGGGAUGGGGUUCUCUAGUCUUCAUUCUGAAAGAGGAGGGCAUUUACCAAGAAUUCUGCGAUGAUUCCUCGAUAAAAGGCGCCAGUCCGUCAAAAGUUAUAAACAACACAUCUCCACUUGAUAACAACAUAUCAAUACCCCUUUCAAACGUGACAAAGUCUUGCCAUGCUCAGGAAGAAAAGCUCAACUUAUGGUUCUCCAUUGCUGUUGGGUCAAUGUAUUGUGGACUAGCAAUCGUAGGACAAUUAUCCAUGCGUCUAGGAACAAGGAUUACUCGUAUUAUUUGCACGUCAGUAUAUAUUAUUGGAUUUCUUUGCACCGCAUUUGCCAGCAAAGAAAUGCCUUGGCUUUUGCUGCCUGGACUGUCAUGUAUUGCUAUUGGUGGGCUCUCGGUUUUCUGUACAACUUUACAGGUUGCAAAUCUGUACACAACGAUUCAGACCACCAUUGUGGCGUUGUUUUCUGGUUUGUUCGACGCUUCCACAAUUAUCCAGCAUUUUAUUAAAGUGGCUUUUGAGAACGGAAUACCAAGGAGGCAUUCUUAUUUAUUCCUAUGUGGCAUGGGUAUUGUAAUUUUCAAUGUUCAAACGUUUGUGUUCUUACCAAAAGACCAUAUCAAGCGAUCGUCCUGUAUACAACAGAAAAAAACAAAACGAAUUAACAGUGAUACAGAAACAAAUGACACUCUACUGGAAACGGAGGAAAAUAAUAAUCGUGAAAACUGUGUUGCUGAAGAGGACAACGUCAAGACACACAUUUUGUCCUUUGCGUACCUUUCUCAUACUGUUUGGAUGUCCAUCAACGUGCUUCUAUUUGUAACAUUUGUCGGUCUUCUAAAUACAUGGUUAUCGAACAUGACUAAAAAUUCGUCUACUGUAAGCUAUUACCUGGAUGCCUUCGCUUAUACCACUAUCUCUACCUGCAUCACGGCUAUUGUAGCCGGAUUUGUGUAUGACUGGCAGAGAAAGAGGUUUAAAGGUAGCCCAGUUCCUGGACGAUACUUCUUUCCUAUAUGCCUACCUAUGGCGAUUACUUGGUUAUUUGGCACACUGUGCUAUCUAUUACCCCUCGUGUUUGAAUCUUUUUCCGUAGUACUUCCGGUCUUCAUCAUGUUUACUUUUUAUCGUUCCUUUCUGUUUUCCAUUGGAAUUGCAUUUCUUGGAGAAGCGUUUCCACUAAAAUAUUUUGGUGUUCUCUACGGCACGGCCAUGUUUAGCGUCGGCUCGACAAGUUUGUUACAAUACGCCUUCUUUGAAUGGAGUAGUGCAUAUAAGAAUGGCUUUACACAUGUCAAUGUGUGUCUUUUGCUCUUAGCAGUUUCAAUGUGCUAUCAGCCUAUCCUGUUGUGGAUACGGGGUGGAAUAAACAAGCCUUCCCCAGAGAAUGAUAUAAAUAAUAUGGAAAUCGUACUGAAUCCACCAAGUUGAUUAUUGAUUAUGUUCAACUUUUUAACCGCAAUAUUAAGAUUUGCCUGUGAUAUGAUUGUGAUAUUAAGAAUUUUAACUCAAUUGUUUCGAUUCGGAAUGUGUGUUCCGUUAUGUUACUGUUUAGUUAUUGAUUUCUUUUUUCAACAGUAAAUUAAUGAUGGAAUGUAUUUGAAUUCACAUCACACGCAAUAUGUCAUUUUAUAACAUGAUUGGCAGAGAACUGUACCUGCUGCAUGCAAUACUUGAUAAGAAAUGACAUUGAAAGCAUGUAAUAAAGUAGGAAAAAUCACGAAAUGAAGCCUGAACAGAACUUUCAAGAUAAACGUAUUUUAAACAUC